UCGAAGAACUUGGUUACGCAACGGUGCAGAAGGCCCGUUGCAUCCCCGUUAAAAAACUUGUCGUCCUCAAAAGUUUUAGAAACUUUGAGCAGGACGUGGACUUUUUCGUGUCGGAGAAACCAAGUAUAUCAGCAUCGACGCCUGACAAAAAAUAA